GUGUAGUUACAUCUGUUAGUACAGUAUAUCGUGACGCCUUGACAAUGUUGAAGCUGCUGGUAGUAGUCUCGCUGGUGCUGGUGAGCGCGGACUCGCAGGCGGCGGGCGGGCGCGCCGUGCUGUGCGGCCGGCAGCUGUCGGAGGCGAUCGCGACGCUGUGCUGGCCCGAGCUGGACAAGCGCGGCUGGUGGCCGCCGGCGCACCACGUGCUGGCUGGCGUGCGCGGCAAGCGCGGCCCGGUGGACGAGUGCUGCCUCAAGGCCUGCUCUAUUGAUGAACUUAUGGGAUAUUGCUAGCGGUACGAGUAAAGGCUGGUUGUUGAUUAUGUGAUGAUGUAAAUAUAUGA